AUGUUGAAUGCAGUUUUAUCUUCUAGAGACAACAGUUCAAAAGUUUACGAACUCAUGCAAUCAACCAUUAACCCAGAGUUCUUCAAGAAGAUAGUCCGCAUGUAUUUCCAGCACUACUACAAUGAAAGCGUUGAUGAAUAUAUAAUCAGCUCUGUCCUCGAUCGAUAUAUCGACUGGAAGCACCCAAAGGAUUUAUAUUCUCAGAGUAAUCGAGCGAUAGACUUUCUAACAGAUGUCUUCUUUGCAAUUCCAGUAAUGGACACGGCUUCUGCGCACUGCCACCGGAGACCUCAAAGUUUAACAAACCGGCAUGAAAUUACUACUAAAACUGCACCACCGCUGAGCCAGAGUUCAACGGAAAGCCCAUUAACACCAGGAGCAACAUUUGUGUACCGGUUCAACCUACCAGAGCCAAAAGAAACCGCGAUUCCUUGGUUUCAUGGAACAGGGCACGCUUCAGAAGUAAAUUACGUUUUCGGAGACGCCAGCCUUCAGGAGGACCCCGAGGUUGCCUUGUCCAAGAAUGUGAUGACGUAUUGGUCCAACUUUGUUAAAUCUGGAAACCCAAACAAAGAAAGUCCUGCUGUUACAACUACAAGUCCUCGCGGAACAAAUGCUAUUCCCCUAUGGAGCGAGUAUGACAACAACAAUGAAUAUUUUAUGGAGCUAUCGGACAAGCCAGAAACUAAAAGUCGCAUGAGAGCUGACUAUCGACACUUCUGGACCCAAUACCUUCCUCAGCUGAAGCAGCAUAUGCAAGAGGUGUUCAAUGAGGGAAAACAGAGCGCUCUGGCCGUCAACCAUUUGAAACCAGAGUCCAGUGGGCAAGCUAUGUCAGGCAGCAACAUCUUUGUGUGGGUGAUUCUGGCUGCAACAGGCAUGGCGCUGGUGGAUAUGUAG